CUCGCCCACCAUGAAAACCCUUCAGAAGCAGCAGCUGGAAGCAGUGAGUGCCUCCCAAUACGUGCUCACUUUCCUCUUUAUGGGCCCUUUCUUUUCCCUUCUCCUAUUCCUCCUCUUCCCGUCGCUCUGGUCGCUCUCUGUUCUCUAUUCAGUGUGGCUUUUCCUGGACUGGCACACACCCAACCAAGGUGGAAGGCGCUCUGAGUGGAUAAGAAGCUGGACUGUUUGGAAACACCUGAGGGAUUAUUAUCCUAUCGGGCUGGUGAAAACAGUGGAGCUGCCCCUCAACCGGAACUACAUGCUGGGCGCUCACCCACACGGGGUCAUGUGCAUGGGAAUAUUCUGUAAUUUCCUCACCGAGAGCAAUGGCUUCUCCUGGCAGUUUCCUGGGCUUUGGCCCUGGACAGCUGCCCUGGCCGGCGUCUUCCACCUCCCAGUCUUUCGCAACUACAUCACGUCCUACGGACUGUGUUCCGUGAACCGCUGGAGCCUGGACUUUGUUCUGUCGCAGCCCCAGCGGGGGCAGGCCGUGGUCAUCCUGGUCGGGGGUGCCCACGAGUCCCUGUACGCAGUCCCAGGGGAGCACUGCCUCACUUUUCAGAAGCGGAAAGACUUUGACCUGGCACUGAGGCACGGGGCCUCUCUGGUGCCUGUAUACUUCUUUGGGGAGAAUGAUGUCUUCAGACUUAAGACUUUUGCCACAGGCUCCUGGCAGCAUCUGUGUCAGACCACCUUCAAGAAGCUCAUGGGCUUUGCUCCCUGCAUCUUCUGGGGCCACAGUCUCUUCUCGGCUGAAUCCUGGUGCCUGCUGCCCUUCGCUGUGCCUGUGACCACUGUGGUGGGCCGCCCCAUGCCGGUGCCCCAGCGCCUCAACCCCAGUGAGGAGGAAGUUGACCACUAUCACAUGCUCUACAUGAAGGCUCUGGUGCAGCUGUUUGAGGAGCACAAGGAAAGCUCUGGGGUCGCGGCCUCUACUCGCCUCACCUUCCUCUAG